UCCUUUUACAGACACUGACACAGGCAGCAUUAUGAUGAUGUCAAACUUUUUACUGCUGGUGACGCUGGGACUCCUUGUACAGGAAUCAAUGGCAGAUAUAGUUCUGACUCAGUCUCCAGCAGCUCAGUCAGUUCAGCUGGGAGUCACUGUCUCUAUCAGCUGUACAACCAGUCAGAGUGUGAGCAACUACCUCCACUGGUACCAGCAGAAACCUGGCCAGGCUCCUAAACUUCUGGUUUAUUAUGCCACAAGUCGCCAGUCUGGGAUUCCUGAUCGUUUCAGUGGGAGUGGAUCUGGGACUCAGUUCACACUGAAAAUCACUGGAGUCCAGGCUGAAGAUGCAGGAGAUUAUUACUGUCAGCAAAGCAGUAGCUCGCCGACACAAAUCAAUGGCAGAUGUAGUUCUGACUCAGGAUCCAGCAGCUCGAUGAUGAUGUCAAAUAUUUUACUGCUGGUGAUGCUGGGACUCUUUGCUCAGGAAUCAGUGGCAGAUAUAGUUCUGACUCAGGAUCCAACAGCUUGGUCUGCUCAGCUGGGAGACACCGUCUCUAUUAGCUGCACGGUCAGUCAGAGCGUUCUCGGUGGCAACUUCCUCCACUGGUACCAGCAGAAACCUGGUCAGGCUCCAAAACUUCUGAUUUAUCGUGCCACAAGUCUCCAGUCUGGGAUUCCUGAUCGUUUCAGUGGGAGUGGAUCUGGGACUCAGUUUACACUGAAAAUCACUGGAGUCCAGGCUGAAGAUGCAGGAGAUUAUUACUGUCAGAGUUUGCAUCAGAUCGGUGGUAUCUGGGUGUUCACACAGUGAUACAGAGCCGUACAAAAACCUCCCU